CCCCCAACUGGCAGGGGCCUGCGUGCAGCUCAGGCCCCUCUCUGAGGGCUGCUGUGGGGCUGAGCCGGGUGAAUCAGUUAUUUGGGAAGUGGCACCAACGGGUGUGGGCUCCAUGAGUCAGCAGGGCUCGUGCGGCCGUUACCUGCCGGCCGGGGAAGCGGGGGUGGCAGCCGGGCUGGGGGCUGCCGCUCCCCGAGCAGGGGGAGGACAGCAGCUAGAGGGAGCUCCUCCGGGCCGCCUCUGCCUGUGCGCCCCGGUUCCUUUCAUAGGCUUCCAGUCCCUCCUCCCCGCCCUCCUUCCCCCGUGAUGGCGGAGGACAGCGAGUCUGCGGCCAGCCAGCAGAGCCUGGAGCUGGAUGACCAGGACACCUGCGGCAUCGACGGCGACAAUGAGGAGGAGACCGAGCACGCCAAGGGAAGUCCUGGAGGGGAUUUGGGAGCUAAAAAGAAGAAAAAGAAACAGAAGAGAAAAAAGGAGAAACCAAACUCCGGUGGCACCAAAUCAGAUUCUGCAUCUGACUCCCAGGAGAUUAAAAUUCAACAGCCUUCAAAAAAUCCAGCCAUUCCAAUGCAGAAGCUGCAAGACAUUCAGAGAGCUAUGGAGCUGCUCUCAGCAUGCCAGGGACCAGCAAAGAACAUUGAUGAAGCAACCAAACGUAAAUACCAGUUUUGGGAUACGCAACCUGUACCCAAACUUAAUGAAGUUAUAACUUCUCAUGGUGCAAUUGAACCAGAUAAGGACAAUGUCCGCCUAGAGCCAUACUCUUUGCCGCAGGGUUUUAUGUGGGACACUUUGGACCUGAGCAACGCUGAAGUUCUAAAGGAACUGUACACAUUAUUAAAUGAGAAUUACGUAGAAGAUGAUGAUAACAUGUUUAGGUUUGACUACUCACCUGAGUUUCUUAUGUGGGCACUACGUCCUCCAGGCUGGCUACCCCAGUGGCACUGUGGAGUUAGAGUAUCGUCAAACAAAAAAUUGGUAGGGUUCAUAAGCGCCAUCCCUGCACACAUUCGGAUUUAUGACAGUGUGAAGAAAAUGGUAGAAAUCAAUUUUCUUUGUGUCCACAAGAAAUUGAGAUCUAAACGAGUAGCACCUGUACUGAUUCGGGAAAUAACCAGAAGAGUAAACCUGGAAGGGAUUUUUCAGGCAGUUUACACUGCAGGAGUGGUACUCCCCAAGCCUGUGGCCACAUGCAGGUACUGGCAUCGAUCACUGAACCCCAGAAAAUUGGUAGAGGUGAAAUUUUCACAUUUGAGUAGAAAUAUGACUUUACAAAGAACAAUGAAGCUCUACAGACUUCCCGAUGCCACAAAGACUUCAGGUUUGAGACCAAUGGAACAAAAAGACAUUAAAGCAGUGCAAGAACUGAUCAACAGUUACUUGAAGCAAUUUAAUCUUGCUCCUGUAAUGGAUGAAGAAGAGGUAGCCCACUGGUUCCUGCCUCAGGAUCAUAUUAUUGACACCUUUGUAGUUGAGAGUUCAAAUGGUAUUUUAACCGAUUUCCUGAGUUUCUACACGUUACCUUCAACAGUUAUGCACCACCCUGUUCAUAAAAGCCUCAAAGCUGCCUAUUCCUUCUACAAUAUUCAUACAGAGACUCCUCUCUUGGAUCUAAUGAAUGAUGCACUCAUUAUAGCUAAAUUGAAAGGAUUUGAUGUGUUCAAUGCACUAGACUUGAUGGAAAACAAAACAUUCCUGGAAAAACUCAAGUUUGGGAUAGGAGAUGGGAACUUGCAGUAUUAUUUGUACAACUGGCGGUGUCCUGGCAUGGAAUCAGAAAAGGUUGGCCUUGUAUUACAAUAAGGAGGACCCUUGUAUUUCUAGAACUCUCAAGUUGUCAUUUGGAUUGAUUUAAUCUACAUAACAGUUCUCAGAACAGUACUGUUCAAGAGGAAUAAAAGCACAUCAUCAGUGAAAUUGAAAUAAUCCAUCAAAUCUAAAAUAAUGAAGAAAUCCAUAUCUGACCGAUUUUACACAUUUUCAGAUAGAAUGGAAAGUUCAUGAAACUUUUAUUGUCCAUAAAAAAAGAAUAAAAGCACAUUCAUUUAAUUUUCAAAGCUUAGCUCGCACCUUGAUAAAAAGAAGGUAUUUUUUUUCCACUCUGUAGAAAAGACUGUUUUGUACAAACUGAACUGCAGUGGUGGAUUAGGGUACAAAAAUCUUUGCUAUUAUGUGAAUGAACUGCUGCAUUUCUAUUUAUUAAGUGGUGGUGUAUGUUUGUCAGUGUAACAGAAUGAAGGAUCCAAACUGAGUAUCUUUGCUUAUAAAAUUCACAUGGAUGUCAUCAUUUGGGGUAAAAUAAUGGAGUUAUGAAAUAUUUGUAGCUAAUAUGAAAGUCUUGGAUGUUUUUGUAACUGGAGCAGUAUGAAAAUGUGCUGGUUUGACUAGUGCAUUUGUUUCUCCAUAAGCAACGCUGCCAAAUCAAUAAAAAUACAGAUUUGUACUUUGAUCUUCAUUAGAUCAGUGGAUUGAUUCAGUAGUAUUGCACUGUUCAGUGCAGAUAUCUGUUGCCAGAAUGAUUAUAAAUUACUGUACUUAAUUUAUAGUUGUGGCACAAAACCUUAGUUUUUCCUCAGUAGAUCAAUAUCAGCCUGUGUGUAAAACUAAGAAUUUUGGUAAUGCUAUCAACCUAUUUAUAGUUUUGAAUGUUUUCAAUGCUUCUGCAGAAUUGCACAUAUUCCUUUGUCUACUUUGAAGUCUGUAAUUCUAACAAAAAGUAUCUUGUGUAAAUAAGUAUUCAUAAAUUGUUACUGGUAGUGUUUUUAUCCUGAAUUUUGAACAAAAGGUUUCACUGUAUAUAGUACCAGUAAUCGAGAGAGAUACAUGUACUGGCCUCAACUUAAAUGCAACAACCUGAUUUUUAUUUCCUCGUGAAUGCUCUACAACUAGAAGCAUUUGGUAUACGUUCCAUAAUGUCACACUCAUAAAUUGUGAUGGCAAUUCUUAGAGUUUAGGUAUGAUAUAGUCACAUGAGCAGCAAAAUCUAUGGUUCUAGCUGAAAGUGCCAAAUAGUGGUGAAGGUUACAUGCUGUGCAGGUAUUUUGGACAUUACUUGAAUAUUUGGUGAAAUAUUUAUGGAUAAACCUGGCUUUAACACCCCCAUAAUUCUAAAUGUGAAAGCAAAUUUUGCUCAACUUUAGGAGCUGUCUGAAAUUAGCCAUGUAGAGAUAUUUAGUUCUGCGUCUAUCACUGAACUUAAGCUGCCAUACCUGGUGUUAUCUCAUAAAAGUCAUUCUUUUAUAAUGGAAGGGGACUCUACCCCAUAUGUACAGGGGUAACAGGCUCUCA